CCUGAUUUGCAUUAUGUAUAAAAAGGAAAGAGAAAAAUCCAUCGAUUUCGACGACAAGAUUCUAUUCCCAAACCUGACCUCUGUAGAUCAUAAAUGUAGAUCUGUUUGUGGUGGAAAGGAAAAUGACGGGAAAGAAUGAGACUUCGGGAGAAAAUGGUUAAAGAGGAUGGGAAAAACUACAAUUACAAGCGAUCGUCAAGUUACACCGAUGUCUGUUCGCUGGGCAAACGACGUGGAAAAAGACGAAGGAUCACCAUCGAAACCAAAUGAAGAAAACUCGGACAUUAGUGCAGUGUCGGAUUCGAGUCCAACGAAAGGACAAAGGAGACCUAUGAAUAAUAAGAAACAAAUGCUUGCAGUUCGAGCUGAAUCGGCCUCUAAAAUCAGUGCUUCGAGUGUCAAAGUCGCUUUUAAGGAUUCAAUUGAAAAGCAAUGUGGAGAAAAACGUUCUAUAUUAUCUUCAUUAAGCCAAUUCUUAUGUGUACCAUCCUCUCUGAAAUCCGAAUUCUCGUCCAAAUCUCUCGAGGAGGUUUACCAACACUAUUACGAACACCAAAAGCUUGAUCGAUUCCUGUAUAUUAUUCUGCUAGUGUUCUUGGUGAACAUGGCGUUGAUCGCGAUGUAUGCUGCUGUAUUUCAACAAGACAGUCAGACACAGAUCAACAGAGUUAUCAUAACAUGUGUUUACGGUGUACUUUAUCUUCUACUGAUCAGCCUCUAUYUUCUAAAGCUCUUCUCUGCUCGCAUUUUCAAGUGGUUACCUUACAUUAUAUGGCUUGGAAUAUUUUCAGAACUGCUUGUAGACCAGACUUUUGGAUAUGAUCCACUUACGCCAAGCGAUUCAGUGGCAAUGUUUACGUUUUUUUCCUUUAUCAAUUAUGUUAUGCUUCCAGCAAGGCUUAUCAUGUGUGCAGUUUUUUCCCUAGCUGUUGGGGUAGCACACAUCAUAGUAUCAGGAACUCAAGCAAGACACAAUCUACACUACCACGGACAACAGCUGACAGCCAAUGUUUUUCUCCUUCUGUGUGCGAACAUCCUCGGAGCGAUUGAUUACCAUAUUGCAGACAAGAAACAAAGACGGUCAGUCCUGGAGACCAGGCAGUCUUUAGAAGUGAAGCUGACACUGGAGGCACAGAAUCUGCAACAGAAACGUCUGCUACUGUCAGUUCUCCCGGAGCACGUGGCAAAUGAAAUGGCCAAUGACAUCGAGUCUGACGGGACAGUACUGAAAAAUGGGGACUUCAAUAAACUCUACAUCAAGACCCACGACUUUUGCAGCAUACUGUUUGCAGAUAUCGUAGGAUUCACUGAACUCUCGUCCAAGUGUACAGCAGAAGAACUUAUCGUCACACUCAACGAGUUAUUCGCCAUCUUUGACAAGAUUGGAGCGAAAAAUCGUUGUCUUCGAAUCAAGAUAUUAGGGGAUUGUUAUUAUUGUAUAUCGGGACUAGAUGGUAAUGCUGAUCAUUCUCGAUGUGCCGUGAACAUGGGUCUAGACAUGGUGCAACACAUCGCGAAAGUGCGCGAAGCAAAGCGAGUUGCCUCCCUGAACAUGCGCGUGGGCAUCCACAGUGGAACGGUUCUCGCGGGAGUACUGGGACAGAAGAAAUGGCAGUUUGAUGCUUGGUCUAAUGACGUGACGUUAGCCAAUCACAUGGAGUCUGGUGGAAUACCUGGACGUGUCCAUAUCUCCGAUGUGACGUACAACUGCAUAAAGGACGAGUUCGAGGUAGAAGAAGGGAACGGACAGUCACGUGACGACUACCUCCUCGAACACAAAGUCAAGACGCAUCUUAUUACCAAGCCCAUAAGUAAAAACAAGAACUCGACAAAAAUAAAGCAGGAGGACGUAGACACCCUGACAUUACCGGAAAACUCGACGAAGCACCGAAGAACCUCAUCUCCCAUCAUGGAGCUAAUAAAUACUAAUAGUUACUGGGAGGACAAGGAUGAAGAUGGUAUAUUAGAACGAGACGGCAAUAAAAGAAGAAUCUCUACGUGGACUGAGGACUCAGAAAAGUCCGAUUCAUCGACCUCAAGUGAGAGAGCUCUCAAUAAGCUUCUACGUGAAAAGUUGGACGAGAGGACAGUAGGACAGGGAAUGAAAGAGAAAAUGAAUCCAGUCACUCUACGAUUCAAGAGCUAUGACGUAGAAUACCAGUACGCGUUAGAGAAGCAAGACAUGAGUUCUGCAGCCUUGUCUUGUCUGUGCAUUAUCCUAAUAUUUUGCUUCUUCGUGGAGCUCGCUAUUCUUCCAAGGUCACUUCGCAGUAAACUGACUUUUUGUAUUGGACUGGUUCUCCUUUUAAUACCAACCGUACUGACUUUUGCUAUUAAAUUUCCAAAGUGUUUUGGUCCUAUCCUUGGAAUAUCGUACAUUCUUGACGGAAGUAAACCAGCGCGUACACUAGUGGCUGCUCUGUGUGUUACGGUACUGGCUGGGGCUGAAUUAAUUGACCUUCUCGGAUGCGAACAACAAAAGGUUUCAGAGGAAGAUAUGAAGAUAAAGAUCAACCGAUCGAUUGCCUUGAACCCACGGAGCGUGUACUGUGAAUAUCCGCAGUACUACUCGUACAACGGCAUCCUGGUACUACUAGGGAUCUCGGUACUAGUACAACUGAGCCACGCCCUGAAGGUCAUGCUGAUGCUCGGGGUGUUAGCAGCCUACUGGGUGAUCAACGUGGUUAAGUUAUCUGAUGUCUUUGAUAAUUAUGACAACUAUGUCUAUCUCUUUAGCAAAACCACGCACGUUCCAAAGAGGUUCUUUUGCUCCGUGAUAAUGGCUCUAGCUUUUAUUAUACUCGCUUUACACGGAAGACAGGUGGAGAGAACAGCUCGUCUGCUUUUCCUUUGGAAACUGGAGGCGAACGAAAAGAAAAAAGAAGUUGAAGAACUUCGUCGAAGGAACCAGAAGCUGUUGUACAACAUUCUGCCGAGUCACGUGGCUGAUCAUUUCUUAAAGCAUCAGUACAAAGAUGAAACGGAGCUCUACAGUCACUCCUACGAACAUGUCAGCGUCAUGUUUGCAUCGAUUCCGAACUUUUCCGAAUUCUACUCCGAGGACAACAUCAACAAAGGUGGCGUGGAAUGCAUUCGGCUUCUGAAUGAGGUCAUUGGUGACUUUGAUGAGGUUCUGAUGGAUGCCAGGUUUACUGGUAUAGAGAAAAUCAAGACCAUUAGUAGUACGUACAUGGCUGCAUCUGGCCUCAAACCAGAAUCAGAGAGAGAAGACGAAAUCCAAAACCUAGUUGAUAUGGUCGAUUUUGCGCUUACUCUACGAGAUAAGCUUGAGAGCAUUAACCAAGAAUCAUUCAAUAAUUUCGUACUUAGAGUAGGAAUCUGUCAAGGCCCAGUCGUAGCAGGCGUUAUAGGAGCCAAGAAACCACAUUAUGAUAUAUGGGGAAACACAGUGAAUGUAGCCAGUAGAAUGGAGAGUACAGGAAAAGCCGGUUAUGUACAGGUAACAGACUACACGUAUGAAUCACUGAAAGACAAAGGAUUUACAUUCGUAUACCGUGGUGCAGUGCGAGUAAAGGGUAAAGGUCAGCUAAUUACGUAUUACCUUACGGGAAGAGAAAACUCAACACAGCCAGAAUUACCCAACAUGAUCGUCUAGUAAAACUUUAACGAUGUCCUAGGUAAUUAAUGAAAUAAUAGCUAUAAAUAAUGCGACGGCUAAUGAGAAAACAAAAGGAGCCACGUCAGUCUGGCCCUACAGUAUCCGAAAUUUUUCCGACAGGGACCCGAUAAUGGUCCGAAAAUGAACCGAUGUUGGAGCUUGUUCUACUCGAUCAACAAACAAAGGAAAGUCAAUGUGUUAAUCAAACCCUGGUUUUGGGAAAACACCAUAUAUCAUUUAAGAGAUAGUGCUUUAACUCUGGCAAAUUUCAGUAAAGAAGUAUCAAGGCUUAGAUUCAUGGACGAUGCUAGUUAGGGCUAUCAAUGGCUAUCAAUGGCUAUCAGAAGACAGGGGUGAAACCGGUCUACGCAUGCGUAUGGGUCAGGAAUGGUUCAAACCGAGUAUUUUCUGAGCCUGAGACUACGCCAUCUACAAUACCUUCCGUAAUACAGGUUUUCCCAUUUCACAGUAGAAUAAGAUGUUGAUGAACCCAUUUUUUGGGGUGGAUGUGUGGAUUCAAUGCGAGCAUGCACACCAUUUAAUCAUCGCGUAAAUAAGGAAUGUACAUAUCUAGAGUGCCAAUCAUCAUGGGUAGAGAGCUUUCAAAGCUACCCUCUAAGGACUAUUGAAAUAAUAUGACUCUGUGUCAUCUCCUCUAUCAUUGUGUCAUAGAAGAUCGUUGUGUGACAUUAUGUCACGCAAGGACCAUUGAAUGACAUCAGUUUACACGUUUAGUCACGCUAGGACUUUGGUAGUGUGACAACGAAGUACGCUAUAAAACAUUGAAGCAUUGCGUGAUAUGUCACGUGUGUUACGCCAAAGAUCGUCGUGUGACAUUGUGUUACAAGAAUGAUUUUUGGGGGGAUACGAGGACCACAGCGAUUUGAAAUUACUGUACAUACUAAUGCACUAAUAUACAUUAAAUUAAAAUAUAAUAGACAAAGCUAA